AUGGUACGGGCAGCCAAGGAGCUCAAACUGGCAGUGAAAAGUUGGGAGCAAGAUGACAGACUCAGAGGUGCCUUACAGAAAGCAGAUAUUGACUGGGUCUUCAAUCCACCAGCUGCCCCAUACAUGGGGGGAGUAUGGGAAAGGCAGAUUCGCACAGUAAAGAAGGUUCUGCAGGCGAUUGUGGGCUCACAAGUUUUAGACGAUGAACGUCUGCAAACACUGUUCUGUGAAGUGGAAGCCAUAGUUAACGAGAGGCCAAUCACCCCGGUUCCAAACACUCCAAAUGAACCAAAGGCUCUCACUCCUGCUGAUCUUUUGCACUUAAGUCAAAAGGGUAAUCUUCCCUUAGGUGGAAGGUCAAUAGGCGAAUCAUACCACAGAAGGUGGAAGCAUGUCCAGUACCUUGCAGAUCAAUUUUGGAAGCGCUGGCUGACGGAGUACCUCCCUCAACUCAGAACUCGACAAGUGCAUUUCAGACCACGGCUCAACUUUCGCUCUGGUGACCUAAUCAUUAUAGCAGAAGCAAAUAGUCCACGCAACAAAUGGCACCUUGGUCGAGUGAUGGAAGUCAAGGCUGGAGAGGAUGGACUUGUCCGACAGGCAGUGGUUAAGACGACGACGUCCAAAAGGCUGCGACCUGUGACAAAAUUAUGCUUGUUGGAGGGAGCAAUGGAAGGGGCUGACGGAGUCGGCCAGGAGAAUGAAUUGGGUAUCCACAUAAGAAGACAGUGA